AUGGUCUGGUCUCAAUCUGGUCUCUUGGUCUGGUCUCUCAGUCAGUCUGGUCUCUCGGUCUGGUCUCUCGGUCUGCUCACGGUGCGGUCUCGUCUCUCAGCCUGGCCGAUUACACAUAGUGGGCGCCAUCGACCGUGUGAGACCCCAGUACUACCAUCAGACCCCCAUCAGACCCGCCAUCGAACCCGCCCAUCGAACCCGCCCAUCGAACCCCAUCAGACCCCCAUCGAACCCCCCAUCGAACCCCCAUCGAACCCCCAUCGAACCCGCCCAUCGAACCCGCCCAUCGAACCCCACCCAUCAGGCCCCAUCCGACCCCGCCCAUCGGACCCCGCCCCAUGGGCCCCGCAUCGAACCCGCCCCAUCAGACCCCCAUCAGACCCCCGGCCCGUGAACCCCCAUCGAACCCCCGCCCUCUCGAACCCGCCCCAUCGGACCCCGCCCCAUCGAACCCCGCCUAUCAGACCCUGCCCCCAUCGGGCCGCCCCAUCGGACCCCGCCCUAUCAGACCCCCCCAUCGAAUCCCCGCCCAUCAGACCCCGCCCCAUCGAACCCCGCCCAUCAGUCCCGCCCAUGGGCCCCCCCAUCAGACCCCGCCCAUCAGACCCCGCCCCAUCAGACCCCGCCCCAUCAGACCCCCGCCCCAUCAGGCCCCCAUCGAACCCCGCAUCAGACCCCAUCAGACCCCCACCAUCAGACCCCGCCCUUCGACCACCGCCCAUCGAACCCAGCCCCAUCAGCCCCUUGCUCCAGACCCCCUAUCAGACCCCGCCCAUCAGACCCGCCCAUUAG